AUGUCUAUCUAUGGGAAAGUGCCAGUUUUCGAUUGCAAAAUAGAUGAGUGGGUGGUACACGUAGCACAACUAAACAACUUCUUUAUUGCAAAUGGAAUCGACGAUAUCACAGAUGCUCAAAGAGUGAGAAGACGGGCAAUUUUAUUGAAUAGCAUGUCACAAGACUCAUAUCGUCUUACUCGUGAUUUAUUGUAUCCAAAUACGCCUGAAUCAACCGAUUACAAGGCGAUUAUUGCUGCGCUUGACGGCCACUUCGACCCAAAAAAGUGUAUAUACGCUGAAAGACAAAAGUUUUAUUCGGCUAAAAAGGACCCUCACGAGUCAAUGGUGGAGUAUGCUGCUCGUCUUCGUGGACUAGCAUCGGCAUGUUGUUUUGGUACAGCUCUAGAGAUGUGUUUGACGGAUCGUUUUGUACUUGGUCUUGACACUGCGUCGGCCCGAGAGAAAUUAUUUAGAGAAGAUCCCAAUCAGCUAAAACUAAAUAAGGCACUUGAAGUAGCUUGUGCAGUUGAAAGUGCGCAGCGUAUUGUUUCCGCUGGCGAUUCAGCAGAGUUAAUUAAGUCUGAACCUGUGCUAUAUACGGACUCGCGGCGAAAAGCUACUGCAAGCGGCGGUACACGAGGCGGUCGCGCCCGUCGUGGCGGCGACGGCGGAGCCCCCAGGUGUAGUGUGUGUGGUGCGAGGUCACACGAUACCUCCGUAUGUGGCUAUCGUCAUCUGUCGUGCAAUUUGUGUGGUGCAAAAGGGCAUUUAAAAAGAAUGUGUUCUAAGAGAUACUACGUACAUAACGAGAUUACAACCAAAAAGGACAAAAUUGUGAAAAAGCAGCAUAAUGGUAUGCAGAAUAAUUACAUUUUGGAAGGUAGUGAUAGGGACGAAUGUAAUGAUUUUUCACCAAUUAAUAAUGUUAGAGAUAUAAAUAAUGAAUCACGUAUUAAUACUAUUUUAUGUAAGGAAGAAAAACCGAUAUCUCUUGAAGUUAUGGUGCGAGGUGUUACUCUUAGUAUGGAGGUUGAUUCCGGUAGUGGGGUAUCAGCGCUGCCCGCGCGCAUAUGGUAUAUGUAUUUCUCGCGAAACUUGUCACUCGGUGAGUCCAAUAAAACUUUAUAUACAUACAGUGGUUCUGCUUUAAGGCUAUUGGGCAUGUGUUACUUACCAGUCACAUAUAAUAAUGUAACGCAUAAUAUAAAAUUUUAUGUUGUUGAAAAUGGCCCGGUUCCCUUGCUCGGUAGGGACUUUAUGACAAAAUUUAAUUUCGCUUUUAUCUCAUUAAAUUAUUGUUCAGUAGAUAAAGAAAAAUUUAUUUUGUCGAAAUAUAAAACAUUAUUUUCUGGUGGGUUGGGCACGUUCAAUAAAUAUAAGUUAACGCUACACUUAAAAGAAGGUGUCACACCAAAAUUUUUUAAAGCUAGGCCGGUGCCUUUUGCGCUCAAAGAUAAGGUAAGCGCAGAGUUGGACCGAUUAGUGCGCGCUGGCAUACUCAAACCGGUUUCUUAUUCUAAUUACGCGUCACCGAUUGUUGCAGUAUUAAAGAAAAAUAAUGACGUACGUAUUUGCGGCGAUUAUUCUAUGACGAUCAAUAAGGCCCUAAUAAUUGACUCUUAUCCAUUGCCCAAAAUAAGUGAGUUAUGUGCAUCGUUACACGAUUGUCGUUACUUUAGUAGGCUUGAUUUAUCAAAUAGUUAUAAUCAGUUCCUUCUAGAUGAUGAGUCACAAAAAUAUACAUGUAUCAAUACGCAUAAAGGUCUUUUUGUUUAUACAAGAUUAGUGUUCGGUUUGUCAAAUGCGCCAGCUUUGUUCCAGCGUGCUAUGGUGCAACUGCUGCAGGGCAUAGAUGGCGUGGAGUGUUUCCUCGACGACUUGUUAAUCGCGGCUCCGACCGCCGAAUUACAUUGGGAACGUGUCGAUUUGGUACUAAAUCGUCUAAGAGACGCCGGGCUAAUGCUCCAGCGCUCGAAAUGUUCAUUCUUCCAAAAUAAAAUAGAAUAUUUGGGUUUUGUUAUUGAUCGUUUUGGCCUUCAUAAAAAUCCGGAUAAAAUAAAGGCUAUUACACAGGCAAGGGUGCCAGGAAACGUCCGACAAUUAAAAUCAUUUUUGGGUUUAUUUAACUUUUACCGUAGCUUUAUACCGCAAGCGGCGGUCAUUCUUGAACCAUUACAUAAUUUACUGCGAAAAAAUAUGAAAUGGGAAUGGACGGCGGAACAUCAGAAAUCAUUCGAUGCUAUCAAAGACGAGUUAUGUUCAAGUCGCGUACUGGCGCACUUUGACCCGCGGCAGCAGCUGGUUCUGACAGUGGAUGCGGCCCCCGGCGGGCUAGGCGCGGUGCUCGCGGUGCGCUACCCCGCGGGUGCCGAGCGCCCGAUCAGUUACGCUUCGCGUGCUCUCACUAAAAGUGAGCGUGGCUAUAGUCAAAUUAUGAAAGAAGCGACUGCCAUUAUUUAUGGAAUCAAAAAAUUCCAUCAAUAUCUUUAUGGCCGCCAGCAACCAUUUAUUUUGAGAACAGACCACAAGCCCCUCCUUUCUAUUUUCUCCCCCGAUAAAGGAGUUCCUCAUAUGUCCGAAGCGAGACUGCAACGGUAUGCUUUAUUUCUUGCUGCCUAUAAUUAUAAAAUUGAGUUCAUUAAUAGUGAAUCUAAUGUAGCUGAUUAUUUGAGUCGGUUUCCCAUUGAUUGUGAUUCGUCGCAGGAUACGGCGCACGUAGAUGACGUCACCAGUUAUGUUAACGCGCUAGCGGCUGCUGGCGCGCCACUGCCCGCUUCAUUAGACGAGCUGCGGGCCGCUUUUCAUAAAGAUAAAGUUCUGUCACUUGUCAUGCAAUAUGUGACCAAAUCGUGGCCACGGAAAGUGUCAUCAGAACUUUUGCCAUAUAAUAGAUGCCAGCAUGAAUUAUAUGUUGAUAGCGGAGUUCUCAUGAGAGGUCACAGAAUUGUAGUGCCUACUGUUUAUAGGGCUGCUGUGCUACAAGAACUGCAUGCUGCGCACUUAGGAGUAAUUAAAAUGAAAAUGAUUGCUAGAGAACGCUGUUGGUACCCGGGUAUCGACAGUGACAUAGAAAACAUGGUUUCUAACUGUGGUCGUUGCAUAUCCUUGCGACCGUCUCCUGCGAAAGCGCGCUUGGAGUCGUGGGGGUGGCCUGACUCUGUUUUCGAAAGAAUCCAUUUAGAUUACCUCGGCCCAAUUCAUGGGAAGAUUUUUCUUGUACUAGUCGAUGCGCAUAGUAAAUGGAUUGAAUGCGAAUUAAUGUCAAAUUUUUUAUCAAAAGACCUUAUCAAUAAAUUAAAAAAUAUUUUUUCACGUUUCGGCAUUCCCAAUAAAAUAGUCACAGACAAUGCCAAAACCUUUGUUUCGUCUGAAUUUUCUAAGUACUGUACUGAUAAUGGCAUAACUCACAUUUUAUCUCCUGCGUACUCGCCACAGAGUAAUGGACUCGCCGAGAACGCAGUAAAGACUUGUAAGCGGUUUAUUGUGAAUGCUAUCAAGGAUUGUGGUUUUAAAGACUUCGCUAAUCACUUAGAUAACUAUUUGUUUCACUAUCGGAAUACACCGCAUUGUACGACGGGAGUAUCACCUGCAUCGCUUAUGUUCGGUCGGAAUUUACGUUGUAAACUUGAUUUGAUCGCUGUUAAGCGUUCAAAUUUAGAUCGAAAAUCUCUAAUACAUAAAAAUGUGUUAGUGAACCAAAAUCGUCAAAAAUUAUAUUUUGGUGGUAAAAUUAAAGCAUUUUCGAUUGGGGAGAAAGUUUGGGUACGAGACUAUCGAGCCAAUCCCAAAAGACCAACAUGGAUCCUUGGCCAGGUCGUUGCACGCUUAGGUAAAGUUCUAUAUGAUGUGGCGAUACAGAGAUCCGAUAUCAUUUGGAGACGUCAUGUGAAUCAGUUAAUGUCAGCCAAAUCAUAUAACAGCAGUCGUGGUGAAACGGCGUGGACGUUUGAGGAUAUGGACGUUGGGAGCACGGCAGGUCCCAGUGCCUCUCAUGAUACACCUGCAUCAUUACCUCUCAAUAGCCCAGGUGGUGCGCUAGCCGCACAACCACCGGGACCUGACGGCGGUGAGGCGGCACCGGUGCUGACUCACGCGGAGUCUGACAUGGGAGACGUGUCCCCACCGCCUCAAACCUCCACGACCAUGCGCACUCGAUCUGGCCGCGCGAUUAAACCACCUAAACGCUUAGUUCUAUAA